AUGGCGAUGCAAGUCGGAAUCCUUGCUCAGGCAGAACAGACGCCAUCAGAAACGGAGCUCAGUUACCAGUUACCGUCAAAGAACAAAAACAUCGAAAAGCGGCAAGGACAGACCUUAGACAAGUAUGUGGCCAGUGCUACUUUUGACAACCACGUUUUGAAUCAGAUCCUUGUCAUGUGGCUUGUACUCUCGGCACUCCCUUGGACCCGUAUUGAGGACAAACUGCUUCGGAUCUCCUUCAACUAUGCUCGACCGGGGAUCAAAUUAUAUUCACGUACAUAUGCUGCCUUGGAAGCUCCUAAUUGA